AUGUCGAGUUCGUCAAGCACCAACAUCAGAACGUGCUAUUGUGGAGAUACGGUUGGGAUGUGGACAUCAUGGACUCGAAAGAAUCCAGGUCGGAGGUUUUUUGGUUGCCCAAAUUACAUGGAUGAAGAGAAGGACUGUGGGUAUUUUCGUUGGAUUGACCCACCACUAUUGAAUAAGUGGUAUAAAGAAAGAAUGUAUGAGUUAGGAGCUGUUGCUAAUGGGGGUGUAGCUAUUCCUUUUAAUAACCCUGUUAAUGAAGGUGAAAUACCUGUUGAUGGCCCUAUUGCCCCUGUGAAUGUUGAUGUCCCUAUUGCCCCUGCGAAUGCUCUUGAACCUGAUAAUCAAAUUGCAAUGUGUGACAAUACACAUGUGCCUAGUAAUGAAUUUGGAUUCUGCAAGUGGAUGAUGGUUUGUUUUGUUUGUUUCAUUGUAGGGAUGAUGUAUGGUUAGUUUAGUGUAAGUUGUAGGGUAUUAUGGUAUGGUAGGGAUGAUGUAAUCUUUUGGUUUGUUAUCAUCAUGAUGUAAUAGAUAAAUUUUGAUGUAAUAGUUUAAUGUUUCGGUUAAUGAAAUGGC